GGGGCCUGCACCGGCCGCCAGCAGGGUCGCUGGGUUUCCCUGCGGCUUCUUUUCCCGCCCGGCUCCGUGGCGGUGGCGGCCUGACAGGAAGCCUGAGUGGGAUGCGGCUGACGCGGAAACGGUUCUGCUCGUUUCUUAUCGCCCUGUACUGCCUCUUCUCCCUCUACGCCGCCUACUACGUCUUCUUCGGGCGCCGCCGCCUGGGGCCGGCCGCGAUCCGCCGGGGCCUCAGGAAAUGGGAGGCCGCGGCGCGGGGGAGGCGCGGCGGAGGACAAUCUACUUUGGAAAGUGAGGAAUGGAAUCCUUGGGAAGAAGAUGAAAAAAAAGAGCGACAACACAGAUUUACAACUAGCCUUCAAAUAUCAAAUAAAAACAAGAAAGUAAAACACUUCAGUGUACAAAUCUGGGGCAAAGCUGCCAUUGGAUUGUAUCUCUGGGAACAUAUUUUUGAAGGCUCACUUGAUCCCACUGAUGUGACUGCUCAGUGGAGAGAAGGAAACUCAAUUGUAGGAAGAACACAUUACAGCUUCAUCACUGGUCCAUCUGUAAUCCCAGGGUACUUUUCUGUUGAUGUGAGAAAUGUGGUACUCAUUUUAAAUGGAAGAGAAAACUCAAAGAUCUAUUAUGCCACCCAAUGGUUAUAUUAUGCACAACGUCUAAUGCUAAGUCAAAAAAUCCAGCAUUUUGCUGUUGUUUUGCUUGGAAAUGAAUAUUGUGAUAAUGAAUGGAUACACCAAUUCCUCAAAAGAAAUGGUGGCUUUGUGGAGCUGCUUUUUAUAAUAUAUGACAGCCCCUGGGUUAAUGACGUGGAUAUUUUUCAAUGGCCUUUAGGAGUAGCAACAUACAGGAACUUUCCUGUGGUGGAGACAAGUUGGUCAAUGCUGUAUGAUGAGAGGCCAUACUUAUGUAAUUUCUUAGGAACUGUUUAUGAAAAUUCAUCUAGACAAGAACUAAUGGACAUUUUGAAACAAAAUGGGAAUGAUAAGCUUUGUUGGGUUUCAGUAAGAGAACAGUGGCAGCCUCAGGAAACAAAUGAAAGUCUUAAGAAUUACCAAGAUGCUUUGCUUCAGAGUGAUCUCACGUUGUGCCCAGUAGGACUAAACACAGAAUGUUAUAGAAUAUAUGAGGCUUGCUCCUAUGGCUCCAUCCCUGUGGUAGAAGAUGUGAUGACAUCCAGCCGCUGUGGAAAUACAUCUGUGCACCAUAAUGCUCCUCUGCAGUUACUCAAGUCCAUGGGCGCUCCCUUUAUCUUUAUUAAGAACUGGAAGGAACUUUCUGCUGUAUUAGAAAAAGAGAAAACUAUAAUUUUACAGGAAAAGAUUCAAAGGAGAAAAAUGUUACUUCAGUGGUAUCAACACUUCAAAACAGAGCUAAAAAUGAAAUUUAAUAAUAUUUUAGAAAGUUCAUUUUUCAUGAAAAAUAAAAAUUAA